AGGUGCUGGUUAGGGGAUAAGGUGUUAAAAAAAACGAAGAGCAAAGAAAGAGGCAGAGCCAGUGUGAAGGAGGAUAAGGUGUUAAAUUUGUUUGAAGAAAGAAAGGCAGAAGGGUGAGAGAGAGAGAUAGAGAGACAGAGAGAGAGAGAAUGUCAGCAGCUUCACUUUCAUUCCUUCACGUUGCAAUUGCUCCUUCUCAGCGGCUGCGCGUGGCUGCUCCGAGGCUAAACCCAUCUCCCCCACAAGCUCUGGUUGUCGAAGCCAAAACCAGGACCAGAGGAGAAAAUAGGGAUGCCCGCCAUUCUCGUAUCAGGAAGAAGGUUGAGGGGACUCCAGAAAGGCCAAGACUAUGUGUUUUCCGCUCCAACAAGCAUCUGUAUGUCCAGGUGAUUGAUGAUACCAAGAUGCACACACUUGCUUCAGCUUCGACAAUGCAGAAACCUGUAUCUGAGGAGUUUGAUUGCAGUUCUGGUCCCAACCUAGAAGUAGCAAAGAAGGUGGGUGAAGCCAUUGCAAAGUCAUGUUUGGAGAAAGGCAUCACAAAGGUGGCCUAUGACAGAGGUGGUUAUCCAUACCACGGACGUGUGAAAGCCCUGGCUGAUGCAGCUCGGGAGCAUGGUCUUCAAUUUUAAGAUUUUUGGUGUGAUUAUUCUUUUGUUCUUAUAAUGUUACUUUUAUUCUCUUGUAAAAGCUUAGGGAAGAAUGCAUCAGCUUGUGGACAGGAUUUUCCCUUUUUAGUGAUUGGAAAAUGUGACAUGGAAACACUUCUGAUUAUCAUUUCAAUGAGUUUCUUGCGCUGAAAAA